AUGUCCUCGUCACUAGCCCGCACCCGCUCCCUGCGGAAGCCUACGCAGGGCUCCUCGACCGAUCUCCCCCCGACGACGACCACAACCUCAGUAUCCUCCUCGGCUUCGAUCACGGCAGCUAGAGGCCCCGCGAGCUCGACCACAGGAGCAGCAGCGCCAUCGGCGUCCACGUCGCACCGCCCCGUCUCCCCGAGCAGACUCCCCGCGCCCCGCUCCCUCGCCGCAACACGCCCAACCACACGCACCGUCUCCGGCGCCAGCGUCGCGAGCAGUACAGCAGCGGCGGCGACCACCGCCUCCGAGGCACCCAAGAAGAAGAGGCCGAACCCCUUAUCGUCGCUGCUAAGCCGGAGCUCCUCCACGCUCCUCCGCCCAGCCUUCUCGACCUUACAACAGCACUACUCCCCCGCCAAAUCCCUCGCCCCAAAGCCCCUGACAGCAACCUACCUCGCCGCCCCGUCCCCCUCAAAACUCCCCGCCAACAUCGCCCUCACGGCCGAGACGGCCCGCCUCCAAACAGAGCUCCUCCAGCUCCACCUCCUCCACCGCGACCUGCCGCAGGUCACGUCCCAAUGGCACGCCACCGCCCGCUCCAAACUCGCCGCGCGCCACGCCGACCUCGCCGCCUCCGCAAGGGGCCUCGCGACCCUCGAAUCCGACGCCGCGGAGCACCGUAACAUCGCAGCGCUAAGAAAUUGGGGAGCGACUCCAUCCACUGGCGGCAAGACAUCGUUCCUACCGCUGGAAGACCGCAUCCAGCGCCUAGACGCCCUCCUCACAUCCCUCUGGUCCCUCGACAGCCCAGGCGGAAAACACCACCGUCUCGUCCGCGCCUUUGAGCGCUGGGCCUCUUCCCUCGCCGACCUCGAAGCCGCCCGCGCCCGCGCGGAAGACGGCGCCGACCCCUCCGCCCUCCUAGACGACAACGCCGACGUCCGCUUCGGCGGCGGCCUCGACGCGCGCUGGAAAGACGAUGCCGCGGCGCUGGUGAGGCGUCUCGAGGGGUGGGAUGCGCAGCUUAGGGAGCUAGAGUAUCGCGGCGAUGAUGACGAGGACGUGGCUGCUGGUGCUGGCACUGAUACUACUACGCAAGCGUCGAGCUUGAAGCGCAUGCUGGACGGGUGCGCCAGUCUCGUCAAAGACAUGCUCGACGAGCUGGCCGUCAUGGAAGACAUUGAGGCCGCGGCGGUGGAGAGAGAGAACGAGUGGAUCAAGAGGAUGAAUAGGGAGGGAGACGACGGCCGCGGCAGAGAUACCCAGAGAGCCGGUGCCAUUUGGAGAGUGAUUUGA